AAUAACUCCUAAACUCUAGAAUCCUUGAAGAAAACAAACCAAGCCCAGAUUUUUCAUAUAUUUUUAUUUUAUUUUCUCCAAUUUUUGCAGGUGAGAUCUGCAGAGAAAGUAAGUAAGUACAGCUCUCUCUCUCCAAAAAAAGCUAAUCGUGCCAUUUUAUUUACUUUACUUUCUUGAAAACCAAAUCCAUAAAUUUCUCUCUUCUUGACUCUUCCCAUACACAAACACAUAUAUAAAUACGAAAUUUGUUUCCCCUCCAUCACUUCUCCCACCUCCCCUCUCUUACUCUGUCUCCGAUCAUCAACAACUCUGAUAUUUCCCCCCCAAAGGCUUCUGAUUUUCGGUUCAAGACUGGAUUUUGAGGCCGACCCUGUUGAGAUUUCCGUCGGUUUCCUUGUUUUGAGGUGGGAAAAAAGCGGAAUCCGCUCCAACGGCUUCAAACGGGCGGUGAAAAAAAAAGGAAGAGAAAAAGGGUUCGUCUUGAUUUUGGGGUGCUCUGUUUUUCUUCUCUCUGUUUUGCUGCAAUGGCGAUACAAGCGCAGUUCUACGGCUCCCAGGAAUGGCCGGCGGUGGAGAACGGAUUCAUUGCCGCCGGUGGAGGUUUCGUUAACAACAAUUCUUGUUUCUUGAUCAACAAUCUCGAGCAGAAGCAACAUCAAUUCUACAACAGCAACCUCCAGCAACAGCAGCAACAGAGCAAUGGAGGAAAUCUUAUUAACAAUAACAACAAUGCCUUCUUCGUUUCCAAGAUUGAGGAAGAAAAGCCUGCUCCUUCCUCCUCAGCCGGAUUCCCGAUUAUCCCAUCCACGACGAACGACAGUAGGGUGAAUCCGGGUCUUAAUUCCAUGGCUGCUUAUGAGCAGAAGCAGAACCAAGAAAUCGACCAAUACAUCAGAGCACAGAACGAGAGGCUGAGACAGAUGCUGCAAGAACAGAGAAACCAGCAGCUAUCCCUGCUCCUGAAAACAAUCGAGUCCAGAGCCGCGGCGCUCCUGCGGCAAAAGGACGAGGAAAUCGCGCGCGCGGCGAAACGGACUACCGAGCUCGAAACGUUUCUUCGGAGGCUUGAGAUGGAGAACCAGGCGUGGCAGAGGGCGGCGAAGGAGAAGGAGGCGAUCGCGGUUUCGCUCGGCCACACUCUGGCGCAAGUGAGGGAGAAUCCGUCGCUAAUGAUGACGAACAACAACAUCAACGCCGACGACGCUGAAUCGAGCUGUUGCGAAAAAGAAGGGGGAAAGGCGACGGCGACGGCGACGAGGAAGAGCGGCGGAAACGGCGUCGUGUUGUGCAAAAGCUGUGAGACUCGGGGAGCGUGCGUUUUGUUCCUCCCGUGCAGGCACCUUUGCUCGUGCAGCGGAUGUGACGCGUUUCUUGAUCGGUGCCCGCUCUGCCAAGCGCCGAAGAAGGCUACGAUUGAGGCUUUGAUGGGUUGAUUUUCUCUAGGGAGGAAAAGUUACAGUGGGGUUUUUUGUUUUUGUUUACCGCGGUGAAAAAAAGGGAGAUGAGUAGAUGACCCAAUUCAAUGGAUUUCUUUUGUCAGUUUGGUAAAUAUUUUUGCCAGUUUAGGAGGGGAUUUUUUUACCCCAUUUGGUUUGGUUGGGGUGAAACUUUGAUUAGACUAGGAUUUUGGUCAUUGUACAACAAAUUGGUGACAGACAGACAGGCAGGCAGAAAUGUUAUCAGUAUCAAUGAAAGUGGACAGGAGCACAGUAAACUCUUUUUUUUUUUUUUUUACAGUUGAGGAAGAGGACAUGGUCACAUCAAAGAGAUCUCUUUUUAAUUUUUCACUUUUAACCAGCCAACCCCACUCUUUGUUUGGCUUUUUCCGCUAGCGGUGAAACUGGACAAGAGGUCAGGAAGUAACCAUUUUUACUGGAAAUCUGGGUAGAUUUUGUGGCAGCGAUGGCU